GUUUUGUUUUGAGACUCGCAAUUUAUUUGGACGUGUUACUUGCUGUUAGACCUUAUUUCAUAUUUUUAUACCUAUGAGUUGUAAUAAUGAGUAAAUUAAGGAGAACUAUUUUUCGUGACGAGUGGAUACUGAAACCCGAAUUUUAUGGGAUCCAAAAAGGCAAAGUGGAGACAGAGGCUUACUGUAUUUUAUGUGAAAAGAUUAUAAAACUGAGUAAUAUGGGAAUAAUGUCUCUAAAAAGUCACGUAAAGCCGGGAACCAAGCAUAACAAGAAAAUGUUGGAUGCAAAAAAAUCUGCAGACAUGCAUUUCUUUACAACAGCGAAGAACGGCGCAAAACAAGCUGUGACGAAGAAUACGCACGAGAAGGAAUCGAUGGAUCUAACAGCAGAGUAUCGUCAUUUAAUCUUAACGGCUAAUAAGGUUUUUGGAGAAAGCAAAUGGAGCCAUAGUGUUGUGAACCAAAUAUUAGAUUUUACGGAAGUAACUGGUGCCAAAUGUUAUACUGGCUGUGUCAGUUUCGUUAAGGUCCAGCUUGAAAAUGGAAAUUUUCAUGAAGAUAUUGGUUAUUACAGCGCAGAGGAAUCUACAAAAGGAUUGUCUGUACAAAAUGCCAGAAUUGGUUCUGCUGUAAAUGCUUUAAGAAGAGUUUUAUUGUCAUUUGGAGAUAAAAUUGAAAAAGAAUUGCAACAGUUAGAAAAACAAAUUGAUUCUGGACAAACUGAAAACAUACAAAAAAGUACGAUACAAGUGAAAAAUGAGCAGAUUCCAGACAAAUCAAAUGUUUCAAUUACAUUACCAGUUUCUCAUGUGCCACAAAUAGAACAUACAAGUGAAUCCGAACCAAAUAAAAAUAUAGAUCAAUUAAUAAAAGCUCCUUCUCCAGGACCUUCUACAAACAAUACAACUGAGACUAAUCAUUCGUCAUCUACAAAAGUUCAUUUUGUCGAAUCGAAAAAAAAGAAUUCAAUAGAAGAGAAGCUAAGACAAGAGAGAAAGAGGAAACAAAUGGAAAAGCAAAUGGAAUUUAAAAGGCGUAUGAUGGAAAAAGAAGUAUCAUUGUUCACCAAUGACAACAAACCUAAUCCUAAAUAUUAA